CCUGCACCCUCAUCAUAUUUACAAAAUCCUUCGUACGAAGAACAUCAUAAUACUGAUAUCGAUAUAGCAUCAACAGCAAUAAAUACAAAUUCACCAGAGGAAAUCCAACCAGUAAUGACAAUUGAUGGAGAAUUGAUACCUCUAAAGCCUGAUGACUUAAAAGACUGGAAAGAAAAGACUACUCAAAUAAGAGAACGAUUAUUGAAAGAGGGCAAACCAUUACCACCAAUUCUAAUGCAAUUUAAUAAUGAUAAUACAGAAGAGGAUGAUAUUGAUCCUGGAAUGAAAGCAUUUCUGGAGUUGAAAAAAAAAUUGGCAGGAACUUCAUCUUAG